AUGGGCUUCAUAUCGGUUCAGUUCAAUCGAACACUUCGGAUUUUGUCCCAGAAAAAGUGGAGAUGUUUUGCGCGACGUAUAUCUUCACACGUCGAUGUGGAUGUCAUCAUUAUAGGAGGAGGUCAUGCUGGUUGUGAAAGUGCCGCAGCAGCUGCUAGAUGUGGGAGCAGUACUGUACUGCUCACCCAUAACAGGAAUACUAUUGGAGAGAUGAGUUGCAAUCCAAGUUUUGGUGGCAUUGGAAAAGGUCAUUUAAUUCGGGAAGUUGAUGCUCUAGAUGGCGUUUGUGGGCGAAUUUGCGACAAAUCGGCUAUAACGUACCAAGCUUUAAAUUCUGGUCAAGGUCCCGCUGUUCUUGGACUUCGAGCGCAAAUUGACCGAAAACUGUACAAGGCUCACAUGCAAAAGGAGAUUUUUUCUACACCAAAUCUCGACGUAGUUGAGGGUAACGUACAGGCUCUCGCUACAGAAGAUAGCGGUAAUAAGAUGCGAGUAUCAGGUGUUGUGUUGGAGAAUGGUACAAAGCUUAGGGCAAAAGCAAUUGUCAUCGCAACUGGGACGUUCUUAGGAGGAGAGAUCUUCCUGGGGAAGCAAAGAUGGUUUGCUGGAAGGAUCGGGGAAAAAAGCGCUAUCGGUUUAUCGAAAUCCUUCCGUGAGUUGGGAUUUCGUCUCGGUCGUCUUCGUACCGGAACUCCACCGCGGUUGUUGAAGAAUUCAAUCGAUUUUUCUCAUUUCGAUGUUCGCGCUCCUGAUCCGGACCCGAUUCCAUUUUCAUUUAUGACUGAUCAGGUAUGGCUGCCACCGAAUGAACAGCUCCCCACCUAUCUAGGGUACACAAAUGACGAUGUGAGAGAUAUUGUUGAAGAAAACUUAGCUGAUAAUGAACACAUAAAGGCAGAAGCAAGCGGACCUCGUUAUUGUCCAUCAUUAGAAUCGAAAGUGAUACGCUUCCGUAAUCUCCAUCAUCGUGUAUUCCUGGAGCACGAGGGUCUUGAUUCGGAGCUGAUUUAUCCUCAAGGGAUGUCAAUGACGUUUCCUCCAGAAAUCCAGCUGAAAGUAAUGAGAGCUAUCAAAGGCUUACACAAGCCUGGAUAUGGCGUACAGUACGACUUUGUCGAUCCAAAACAGUUACAUCCCACUCUUGAAACCAAGAAGGUGAAAGGACUCUUUCUCGCCGGGCAAAUUAAUGGGACGACUGGAUACGAAGAAGCGGCUGCUCAAGGUGUUGUUGCUGGCAUAAAUGCUGCUGCUUCGGCACGCAACGAAGAAGGAAUGGUGAUUCGUCGCUCUCAAGGAUAUAUUGGUGUUUUGAUCGAUGAUUUGACAAGCCUGGGUACAAAUGAACCAUAUCGAAUGUUCACUUCGAGAGCUGAACAUCGGCUGCAUCUCAGACCUGAUAAUGCUGAUAUACGUUUGACGGAGAUAGGACGGCAUUGGGGUGCGGUUAGUGAUUUCCGUUGGUCUCGUUUUCUGAUAGAGAAGAAUGCUGUCGAGAGUACGACGAAGACGUUGAAAGAAAUCAGGAUGAGUCUUACGAAAUGGUCUACCAUUAUACCCACUCUUCAAACUAAGAAGCUCACAAAAGUUCUAUCUGCGUACGAAAUUAUGUAUCGCCAUGACGUUCCACUUAAUGUGCUGAAGGAAGCAUUCCCUGAGCGACUGCCCAAAUGUAUGCUCGGAGACGAACUACGUUUGGAAAAUCGUGUAAAAUUUGAGGCUAGUUAUGAAGGAGCAAAAAAGAGGAUGAAGACAAAAAUGGAUGAAAUUGACCGCGAAUCAAACAGUCUAAUUCCGGAAAAUAUAGACUACGGAAGCUUGCAAGGACUCAGCGUUGAAUGCCGAGAAAAAUUGGACCGUGCCCGUCCAGUAAAUUUAGCUGCAGCGUCCAGAAUUCCUGGUGUAAAACCGGAUGCAAUCAUCGCUCUUCUUCGUUUUCUGAAACGGCCAAAAGUUGCAGAACAUUCUGUGUAA